AUGACUAGUACACGUCGAUUACAUGAUUAUAGUUCGCCAAUACUGACAGACCAGAAAGGUCUUCGAGGUUCUCACCCCGCCAUUCUGUUUAUCACCGACGUAUAUCGCAUGCAGGCUAAGGAGCUCGACGACUUCCAUCAGGAGACGAGUUAUACAUCGGAACAUCCAGGCAAGAACAUUUGGCGCCCACCGGGGGCCGAAGAUGAUCCUGCACUUGAUUGGUUUUGCUCUUUGCCUGCAGAUUCUAUCUCACGAUUUCAGGAGUUGGCCAAGCAGUUCGAGGACCACUUCGCAGCAUCGGCAAUAUACUUGCAUGAUUUCGACUACCUGAAUACCAUCAAACAAGGCAAGUUUCAAGAAGCCAUCGCCGUGGCAAAGCCAAAAACUUUGGCCGAGUUUCGAGAAAAAGCCAAAGGUCAGAUAGAUAUCGAAGAACUUCACCAGGCGCGAAAAGCAGAAAAAACAUCAAACGCCAAAGACGAUGAUAAACCUCGAGAUAACAAAAAGACUUUCAAGCCGGUCCCUCGUUACAACUCAUACACCCAGUUUAAUACAAAGCGGAACGACAUUAUAAAAGAAAUUCUCAGUGCAAAGCUGAUCAAGCCGCCUCGGAAGGCAGGCAACUAUCCAAAACCAAAGAACAUCGAGAAGUCCAAGUAUUGCACCUUCCACCAAAAACAUGGACAUACAACCGACAAAUGUGUCAUCACCAAGGAUCUUUUAGAGCGGUUGGCAAGACAAGGGCAUCUAGACAAGUACAUUGCUGGCCAUAUGCAGAAAAGAGCCGUACCAAGCAACGAUACAUCCCUGGUAGGCACAUCAUCCCGUGAGAAAGAUAAAGCCCCUGUACCACCACGAGGUGUGAUUAAUUGCAUCUCCGGUGGAUACGUCGGUGGAGACCAUACAAGCUCGGCCCGAAAAUGCACGUAUCGGACCAUGUUAACAGCCAGACAUAUCACUAACGAGCAACCAAGGACUGCAACCAUACCAGAGAUGACUUUUCAUCCCUCGAACUUCAAUAGCAAUUACAUCAACUUGGAUGACCCAGUUGUCAUCUCAAUCCAGUUAGGAGAUUUGAUUGUUCGAAAGGUCCUUCUAAACCCUGGAAACAGCUCUGAUGUCUUAUUCUUUUCAACGUUCGAGAAAAUGAAAUUAAGCAACAACAUCCUCCAGCCAUCCGUAGGAGAUUUGGUCGGCUUCUCAGGAGAACAGGUGCCGGUUUUGGGCUCAGUGUGGUUACACACCACACUCGGUGAGCACCCACUAUCUAAAACACAAGAUAUUCAAUAUCUCGUGGUGGAUAACUUGGUGGCCACAAUUCAUGGCGAUCAUCGGGAAGUUCGGCUGUGCUACAACACAAGCUUUAAGCCACCAAGAAGCAGAAGAGAAGAAACACAAGUUAAUGUUGUUCAGAGCAAACAACCAAUCUUAUACUGA